UUCAGACUUGGACUUUUGGUAGCGCCUGGUUCCACCCAGGAGGCACUCAGUUUUAUUCCAACAGUUCCUCUCGCUCUGCUCCCAGUGAGGAUGUAUCCAUGCCUUCAUUUAUCCCCUUAUCAACCACUCAUGCUUAGCUUGCCUUUGAACAGUGCAGAUCCAGCUUUCUAGUGUGGGCAAGCAAGUGGAAUCCAAGAGGAGCGCAGCGCUUCCGCCCAGGUUCCGUUUUCACCCAUUCCGCACAGGACCUACCAUGCGGAGCCUUUUAUGUCUUCUUUUCCUGUUCAAAAUUCUAGUUCCUGGUUUUGCUGCCUCCCUCCGUAGCCAGUCUGACCAGCAACAGACUCAAGAAGUGUUCCUGGAUGCCUCUUCUGCACAUAGAUUCUUGGGCCGUAAGAUUCUUUAUAACCACUGGGAUUUUGAGCUGAUUGUGCCAGACAACUUGGAGCGUGAGUGCAUAGAAGAAGUUUGCAACUAUGAAGAAGCUCGGGAAGUCUUUGAAGACAACUUAAAAACAAAAAAAUUUUGGGAGACCUAUCCACACAAUGGAAGAGGAGGAGCAAGGACCCCAGGAGUGGACGUGGCAGGCCUAGUGUCUGGCCUUAUUGCAGCUUUGGUGUCUACUGUCAUGUUCAUAGUUGUGGCCAUGUAUUGUGUCAAAUACCGUGCUAAAGAGAGAAAUCGAUCCAGAAGACUUCAGGAAAAUUUGUAUCCAGGGAUUCCCCUUGCCAACCUUGAUGAUGAGCCAAAGCCAGAAUCUGCACCUGGGCUUCCUUCUUAUGAGCAAGCAAUGGCAUCUCCAGGGGUGCAUGAUGCGCCACCCCCACCUUACAACAGGAAUAACACCAAUCUGACUCCGCCAACCUGAGUUUUCAACAGCAAGAUAAAUAUGCUUGGAAUACCUUUUGGCCUCCCUCAUCUGUACAGAAGACACUAUGCACACACAUGCAUCAAAGCCGAGGCAGGGAGCACAUAUGUAAACAUGGGACAUUGAAGCAGACAAUUAAUGCAUAUUGGAUAUGAAUGUGCCGUAUACAGAGACUGUACGUGUAUGUCAAGUGAAGCGUGCAAAAGAGGGCAUUGCAGCACAUUUUGGUUGAGAAAUUAAAAUCUAAAAUCGCAAACGGACGUAUUACAACUGAUACCACUAGGUUAACACGAAAGUGAAGUGCCAAUUUGCACAGAUUUCCUCCCCCCAUUUCUUUUUCUUCUUCUUCCACUCACCUUAUGAAUGAGGUUUUUAUACCUGUCUUUUCUAUCAACGUAUGAUUAUGAAAGGAUUAUACUGAGGAUAAAUGAACAUUGUUUUUAUUUGAAGAUAAACAUGAUUGACUGUGCCAGACUAAUUAAUAUAACAGGAACUCCAGGCUGGAGUAAGAAAACUUAUAGCUCAAGACAGAGAUUCAGUUUGGGAAACUGCUCUGAAUUAUGCAAGCUCAGAGAUUUAUUCAGGUGCAGAAAGAAUCGGGAUGUUAUAGGGUGUCUCCUGUAAUUGGCAUGCAGCUUAAAGACUGGAUUCAUUGGUAGCAUCGCAUUUUGCCCCUGCUUUUCCAGAAAGUAGCAUUUGCUGUGGCUACUGGCUUAGCUUUAGCUAAGUUCAUGAUCUAGAGAAUGUCCUCUUCCAGUUCUAACAACACCGAACAUACAAGAAGCUCACUUAGACCAGAUCAGAUUAUUUGACCAUCUGGCCCAGUGUUAUUGCCUGACCCACAUCUGCUGUCCAGGGCCUCAGCAGUGAAAGGCUUCUCCCAUCACAGCUGCCUGACCCAUUUAAAAAUUUGGUCUGGAUUAAGCCUGAUUUUACCUUCAUACAAACACACCUUCAUACACCUCUGAGCAAUGUUCCCUUCCUACCUGCAAAGGCAGACACGCCCACCCAUGCUUCCAGAGGAUUUCAUUGGGGGAGGCAGAUUUGCAAUGCAAAUUGGGCAGUUGCACAGAUAUUUCUAGACAAGUAGGAAAAGUAACAAAUGAGCAGACACUCAUUUAGUUAGAGGUGGAGAGCAAAUAAGAAAGUCCAAAUCAAUUGCAGAAAAUAUGUAUACCUCUGCAGUGAUAUAAGCAUAUAAAAGUGAGAGCAAAACAUGUUUACAUAUACUUCUAAGAGCUAUAUUGCACAGCUCUCUGUGGCACAAGAUGAGAAUGAAAUGAGAAUGAUGGCAUAGUUGGACAAACACAUCUAUAUGCACAGAUGUUAAACUCAUAUCUGUCCUGCCUUUCCACUUACUUGUCAUGAAAUAUUGUUUGCUUGGCUCUGAGCACAAUAGAAAGAACACUCCAUCAUAGCUGUAAGGAAGGGGAAGCGGUUUGUUGAGCGUUGGUGAACAAUAAUGUGGCCAAUUAACUGAAUAGUCUGUGAAUCUUUUAACAUGAUUUGUAUGGAAAAUAAAAUUUAAAAAGCUGUU